CAGGAGCAGGGGAUAGUGACCGGCAAAGGGAAUUGAACUAAACGUUGGUGGAGAAAGGGCAGCGUCCCGGACUCCCGGAACUCGGGCAGGGCGACCUCGGUUCGCGCACAUUCCCAGGCCCUGAGCGCGGCGCCCGGAAUAGCAGCCCUGGGGUGGGGGUAAGGGCAGCCAGUCCCCGGGCGGCUCCCCCGCCCUGGGAUUCCCAAAGUCACCGGGACAUGGACUGUCAGACACCAGACCGCGGUUCUGGGGAUACCGGACCGGGUCUGUGAGAGGCAGUCCCCUGACGCAGGUCCGCGCCGAAGCGCACCACAGUCGCGCGAGGGUGCACGGGGCCUCCGCCCCUUUGGACCCCAGCCUGGGCGCGCCCUGGGAGGCCGGUGGGAGGGGCCGAUCUGGGCUCCCCCGCCGCCCCUCCCCGCGGGUUCCGCUGCUUCCGCUUGCUCUGGGGCCGCCGGAGGAGCCGGGACGCGCUGCCUAUGCUCUACAUCACUGACCACCCUGGCACUCCAUCCCACACCUUCUGCUCAUGAGGCCAUGAGGCUACAGCUGGACCAGAGCCAGGUCAUCCCUCCUCACCCCUCCUCAAUCCAGGGGCUCCCUGCUGCUGAGGGUCUGGAAGCUGAGGGGGCCCUGGAGGGACCUGGCCCCUGAUCACCCCACCUCUGCAAGGUCUCAGAGUCCUGACUGACCCCACUGCACAAAUGGGGAAACUGAGGCCUGGACCCCAUCCCCUCUGGAACCUCCUGCUCCUGAUGUGGACCCUUCUGAGCUGUAGUUUGGGGGGCAGUGCUCAGGGUCCCGGUGAGUGGACGCUGUGGGGUUCCUGGAGCCCCUGUUCCAGCUCCUGUGGGCGGGGUCUCUCUGUGCGAAGCCGCCGCUGCAUCCGAUUUCCCAGGGAAGAACUGUGCUGGGGUAACACCCACGAGUAUCGCCUCUGCCAGUUGCCGGACUGUCCCCCAGGGGCCAUGCUCUUCAGAGACCUCCAGUGUGCCCUGUACAAUGGCUACCCUGUCCUGGGCUCCCAGAAGACCUACCAAUGGGUACCCUUUUAUGGUGCGCCCAAUCAGUGCGACCUCAACUGCCUGGCUGUGGGUCACGCCUUCUACCACAGCUUCGGUCGUGUCCUGGACGGUACUCCCUGCAGCCCCCGUAGUCAGGGGCUCUGCGUGGCUGGCCGCUGCCUCAGUGCCGGCUGUGACGGUUUGAUGGGUUCGGACGCCCGCAAGGACCAUUGCGGCCGCUGCGGCGGCGCCAACGACUCGUGCCUCUCUGUGCAGCGCGUGUUUCGUGAUGCCGGAGCCUUCGCUGGGUACUGGAACGUGACACUGAUCCCCGAGGGCGCCAGACACAUCCGCGCCUCCCACCGGAGCCGCAACCACCUGGCGCUGAUGAUGAGCGACGGGAGCUACUUGCUCAAUGGAAACUGGGAGGUCAGCCCGCCGGGGACCUACGAGGCGGCAGGCACCCACGUGAUCUACACCCGCGCCACAGGGCUAGAGGAGACGCUGCACGCCGCCGGGCCCACCUCCCAAGAUCUGCUCCUGCAGGUCCUCCUGCAGGAGCCCAACCCUGGUAUUGAGUUUGAGUUCUGGCUCCCUCGGGAACGCUAUGGCCCCUUCCAGGAGCAGACACAGGCCCUGGACUGGUCCCUGCGACAGCCACAACCUCGGGGGGUGAAACCUCAGCCCCCUGAGACCCCUGCAGUGCCUGCUGCCAUCUCCCCACAGACCCUAACCCCCUCCCCAGACCCCUGCCCACCCUGCCCUGACACCCGUGGUCGCGCCCACCGGCUACUCCACUAUUGCAGCAGUGACUUUGUGUUCCAGGCUCGAGUGCUGGGCCGCCUCUACCAGGCUCAGGAGACCCGUUAUGAGGUGCGUGUGCAGCUCGUCUACAAGAACCGCUCCCCACUGCGGGCCCUCGAAUACGUGUGGGCACCAGGUCGCUGCCCCUGCCCACCACUGACCCUCCAUCGAGAGUACCUGCUGGCUGCCCGGCGCCUCGUCAGCUCUGAUGGCACUCAGGACCGGCUGCUGUUGCCCCACGCUGGCUAUGCCCGGCCCUGGAGCCCUGCAGAGGACAGUCGUGCACGCUUGGUUGCCCGACACUGCCCUGCCUGAGCCCCCAGAUGAGGACUCCCACCACACACAGCAACAAAGAUGAGCCUGACCAGGCUCAAACUCAACCUCUUUCCUCUCUUGCCCUGGUUUCCAGGGAGCUCAGAAAUAUCUCUUAACCACAGCUAUGUGACCCUUCCUCACACACACACUUAGACAUCUCUGCAUGCAGUCAGAUCCACUGUCACGAGUAAGCAGGCAUUGGUGAGGACACACUGAAUUGCCUCUUUAACUCUUAUUAUUACCUCUCUCACCCUGAGUGCCAGGAAACUCAUAGCUAUCUUACAUUCAAAACUUUGUGUCUGUUUUUUUUUCUCUUGCCUCACACUCACCUGCUUAGAGACACUCUCACAAGAUGUGCCUAAUGAGACAUUGUAAUGUACCAGUUUUCCUUCUUGCCCUGACUACCAGGAAGCUCAUCACUAUUUAACUCCCUGACAUUCUGUGCUCUGUCUUUGUGCUGCCACUUACCCACACACCCGCAUAUAUUUAGAGACACUACCACAAACAAGCAUUCCCCCUAGAAGACAUACCUAACCGACACUGUAACAUACUAAUUUCCCUGGCUACCAGGAAGUUCAGAGAUAAUCUUCACAGCCUUAGCAAUUUUGGCUGGGUUUAUACUUGGCCGCAUAGACACAGGGAUAUGCUGGCAGUCAGAUCCACAACCACGCACUCACAACAUAUAUAUAUAUAUAUAUGUGUGUGUGUGUGUGUGUGUGUGUGUGUGUGUGUGUGUGUGAUUUCACACACCCCAUCCCCUCCUCCUCCUGGUCCAGCCCCAACCCCACCUCAGUAUGUCUGACUCUGUGUGGGGUGAGGACAAGGAAUAUAUGAGGAUGGGGGGCAGGUGGCUUUUAUAGGUCUCAAGCCUCUUCCCCAUGCCCCCUUCAGAGCCACACAUUCGUCUCAGGCCACCUAGGGGACCCCUCCCAUUGGCAGUCAGAGCCCCUGCCCUUAGCCUGUCUCCAUCUUCGUAUGUUCUGAAAAAAUUCUCUUCAUAUAUUCUUCUGGACCAGGAGGGCAGACCUCGGUCCUAUGAGAAUUGGAUGUGUUUUUGGGGUGGCCCAGAAGGCCCUCUCCCAUGGGGUGCCCCUGAGGGGCCACCUUCUGCCUCCCUACCCUAGAUAGGGUGGCUCACGCUCUCAUUUGGGACAAACUGCUCUUCUGUACCAUCGUGGUCAUGUUUUUCUCUGGGCGUGGAUGCUGGCAGUAGAUGAGGGGUACGCAAUGCAUGGGUCUCAGAUCUGCUUGGGCUCACCUUGCAGAUAACCUUAGGCCAGGCCAGGGCUCUCUCUGGGCAUCAGUUUCCCCAUCUGCAAGUAUCCUUUCAGCCCUUCCUGGCCCUGACCAUGGGAAUCACACUCUUUCUGGAGUCCUUCUCUAGUCCCUCCGUUCAUUCAUGCAUUCCUCCAACGGGUAGUUAUUGAGCACUUACUGUGUGCCAGGGGGACAGCAGUGCCUGGGCGGUCCCAGGCCUGACCCUGUCAUCUCCAGCUGUUAGAAAAUCCCAGGAGUCUCCACGAGCACGGCAAAGUAAGGCACAGUUCUAGAGGGAAGCGUGGGGGCUGGGCGCCCCCUGGUGGCAGGAUGAGAGGAAAAAGUCAAGCCACCUGCGUUGCUUGCAGACUCCCAAGGGCCUUCUCUCAUCAGCACUUGCCUUCCUCAGGAACGCCUCUCCCCACCCACCCACCUUCUUACCCCAGCACCCACCCGCAGCUCCAUUCCUCCCACCAUUAGCCCAAGGUUGUCCCCUCUGCCUUGUGUCAAGGGAGUAGGGGCAUCUCAGGCCUUCUCAGCCCCAGGGUUCCAUGGGGCAGCCCUGCCAUCUACUCCUGAACCAUCAGAACUGGCUGGGUUAAGACGGGUGCUCUCGGGAGGGGCAAGUGCAGGGUCCUCUCCAGCAGGCAGGGUGGCCUGUGGCCACCUGAGCAGUGACUUCCCCAGUGGGGUCUCUUUACAGCCCCUCCUCUGUGCAGCAACAUUGUUUCCAGUAAUGAAGCCUAACAGGUCGCAGUAAUUAUUACUUCUUUUUUUUUUCUCUCUUUAGCUUUAAAACAAUCUAACCAUUUAAAGAGAGAAUAAAAUGUUACAAUUCUAAAGAUGCUCAAAUUCUCAACACAGUUCAGGGAGGAGCUAACAUUUGCAUUUGCCACCCAAAAAUAUUACACUAUUACACAUUUUUGUUGUUUUACAUUGAAACACAAAUAAAAACUCCAGGGGGUUACAUAAAAUGGAAGGAAAGUGACUGGACUUGUGUUUUUUCAGGUUUACAAUUCCUGGCCUUUUUUUUUUAUUAGUUACUGUAUCCCUGCAGGAAUAUCCAGGGCCCAUCUGGGUUAGAGACCCAAACAUUGCCCAAAGUAACUGCAGAUGGGUACAGACAGGAACUUCCAAGGAAACAGGUAGCU